AUCCCAGUCCCGUAAACCAGAUACGCAACUCCUGUCUUUCCCGCUUGCAAACGCAUCCGAAUACAGUUUGUUCCGCACUUGACGUGCAUUUAUCGAUUUGCUCCGCUAGCCUUCCCUGCAUCACCAAAUGCCGCCAUGGAGCAGCAGCCACAACAGAACCAACAGCAACCUCAAGCCGGUGGCGUUCCUGGGCCUACUGGCCGCCGGCUGCACAUCGCACAUCGCAGAAGCCCGUCGGAACUGACCCCAUUGAUGAGUAUGUUUGUUGCAAACCCCGGUAUGGAGCAGCUGGCCAUCCAGCAGCAGAUCGAGAUGCUGCAGCAACACCAGCAGCAGCUCCAAGCGACCUAUCAUCAGAUGGGCAUGCUGCCGAAUCAGGCCCUCGGUCCCGGCGGCUUCAACCCCCUCCAAGCCGCCAUGACAAAUAUGUCGCCGCAAGCUGGCUUCCAGUUCCCAACCCAGCUUCAGCAGCAGAACGUGCCCCUUGCCGCGCCAACACAACCAUUGUCACAUCGCCGAAAUCAGUCAGCCAUACCCAACAUGGGCAUGGGCCCGCCUCCAGCACCGUCUUCUGGCGCAUCUGGAGCCGCCUUUGGCAGCUUCGAUAAUAUGCAAGGACAGGGCAGGGAGAAUACUGGCGGCCGUGGUGGCCGAGGCGGCGGCGGUACCGGAGGCGGCCAUCAGAGACGCCACUCUCUGGCCCUUGCCGACGCCAAGAAGGCUGCCGAGAUCGCACAGCAGAAGCGCACCACGUCGGGCUUCCAAUUUCCCGCUCCCGGCGCCUCGGGCUCGGUCGAAAGAUCGGAGGACGAGGCCAAGAGCGCAACCCCCUCCCAGGCCCCAGCGGAAAGUCAGCCAGCGCAGGCCCCGUCCUUCCGCGGCGGCCGCGGCGGCCAUGGACGAAGCCAAAGCAUGGCUGUCGGCCCGAACGGUCGCGGCGGCUUUGGUGGCGAUUUCCCCCGCCGCGGUGGUGGAGGUCAUGCCCGCACCUCUUCUCGGAACUUCGACAGCAACUGGCGCACUCAAAACCAGGGCCAGGGCCAGGGCCAAGAUCAGACAGGAGGUGCCGGCCAGAAUCAGGGAUUCCAGCCGGGCCACCGCAGUCGUACCUCCAUCAGCCACCAAUCCGUCGCAAAUAUUGGCGCGUUCCAGUAUCCCGGUCAGCCCCAGCUUAUGCAGCUUCCUGGUCAGAUGAUGAUCCCCGGUCUGUACACGGGGCAGCAGUUGAACCCCAUGCAGCUCAAUCAGUUGCAGGCCCUCCAGGUUGCGUCCAUGAACGGGCAGCACAUGGCCGGGCUUCAAGCUAGCCAGCAUGCUCCUCCCAUGGUUGCUCAGCAGCCCCAACAGCAGCAGCAGCAGCAGCGCAAGACUCUCUUCACUCCUUACCUGCCGCAAGCCACGCUUCCAGCCCUGCUGGGUGAUGGGCAGCUUGUUUCUGGCAUUCUCCGCGUGAACAAGAAGAACAGAAGCGACGCGUAUGUCUCGACCCAAGAUGGCCUCCUUGACGCCGACAUUUUCAUCUGCGGCAGUAAGGACCGCAACCGUGCUCUUGAGGGAGAUUUGGUCGCGGUCGAGCUUCUGGAUGUUGACGAGGUCUGGGCUCAAAAGCGCGAGAAGGAAGAGAAGAAGAAGAGGAAGGACAUCACCGAUACCCGUUCUGGGUCGACUGCCAGCACCAGUCAAGUUGGCGGUAAUGGUGACGACAACGGCAAUGGCGAAGGCGGUAUCCGCCGACGUGGCAGUCUAAGACAGCGGCCUACACAGAAGAAGAAUGAUGAUGUCGAAGUCGAGGGCCAAAGCCUGCUGCUUGUCGAGGAGGAGGAGAUCAGCGACGAGCAGAAGCCUCUUUAUGCUGGCCACAUCGUCGCAGUCAUCGAGCGUGUUGCGGGUCAGAUGUUCUCCGGCACGCUGGGUCUACUGCGUCCCAGCAGCCAGGCGACCAAGGAGAAGCAAGAAGCCGAGCGUGCUGCACGGGAUGGGAGCAUGUCGCGGCAUCAAGAGUCCCGCGCGCAAGAGAAACCCAAGAUCGUGUGGUUCAAGCCGACUGACAAGCGAGUUCCGCUGAUUGCGAUUCCCACAGAGCAGGCUCCUCGCGACUUUGUCGAGAAGCACCAGGAAUAUGCUGACCAGAUCUUCGUGGCCUGCAUCAAGCGUUGGCCCAUUACCUCGCUGCACCCGUUUGGCACGCUGGUUGAGAAACUGGGGAAGAUGGGCGACCUGAAAGUUGAGACCGAUGCCUUGCUCCGAGACAACAACUUCUCGUCUGACGAGUUCGCCGAUGCCGUGUUGCGCAGUGUGGGUCUUCAAGACUGGUCGAUUGCCAAAGAAGACGAGGCCGCCAUGGCGGCUCGCCGGGACUUCCGCAACGAGAAGAUUUUCACACUUGACUUGGACGGCUCGGCCGAGCUUGGAAAUGGCGUCCACGUCAAGUCCCUGCCUGAUGGCAAGAUCGAGAUCGGCAUCCACGUGCCGGAUGUGACGCACUUUGUCAAGCCAAAUUCGCUGAUUGACCGCGAGGCGAGGAAGCGUGGCACUGCCGUUCACCUCGUCCACAGGUUCUGCGCGAUGCUUCCGCCAAAGCUCUCGACCGAAGUCUGCUCGCUUACUCCGAAUGAGGAUCGGCUAACCGUCAGUGUCGUUUUCCAUGUCAACCCGCAUACCGGCGCUGUUGCCGAAGGCGAUACAUGGAUUGGGAAGGCUAUCGUGAAGAGCGGCGGCAAGCUCUCACUGUCGCAGAUGGACGAAGCCCUUUCGGCUGCCUCUGAGUUUGCGCACGAUGUUGUGGAGGCCAAGGACGUUCAGCUUCUCAACGUCCUGACUCAGAAAUUCCGUGAAGGGCGUCUGGAUGCUGGCGGUGAGCCCAUUGCUCCCCUCCGGCUCCUCCAGCAGCUAGAUGACGAGAACAUCCCUGUCAAGCACAACAUCUUCGACACCACACCGGCGACGGAAUUGGUCGAGGAACUCAUGCACAAGGCUAACGCCUAUGUUGCUCAACGCUUGGCCCGCGCUCUCCCCGAGAAAGCACUUCUGCGAAGGCACGCCCCGCCUAACCCUCGACGGCUUCAGACCAUCGUCGAGCGCAUGACGGCCCUUGGCUACGAGAUUGAUCCCACCAGCAGUGGCUCGCUCCAGAAUAGCCUGUUUAGGGUCGAAGAUGCCGAAAUUAGAAGGGGUAUGGAGACGUUGCUCAUCAAGUCUAUGCAGCGCGCCAAGUACUACAUUGCUGGCAAGACAGCCAAGCACCUCUGGGCUCACUACUCUCUCAACUUACCGCUGUACACCCACUUCACCUGCCCGACCAGACGCUACGCGGAUGUCCUAGUGCACCGGCAACUAGAGUCCGUGCUUUCCGAGGGCAAGAUUGAGUACAACGAAGAUCUCGAGAAUCUGGUCAAGGUCGUCGAAGCAUGCAACACAAAGAAGGACUCGGCACAGAAUGCUCAGGAACAGAGUGUCCAUAUCGAAGCCUGCCGCGCCAUGGACAAGAAGCGUCAAGAGGUGAACGGCGAUCUGAUCAGCGAGGGCAUUGUCCUUUGUGUGUACGAGUCGGCUUUCGACGUGCUCAUUCCCGAAUGGGGCUUCGAGAAGCGGGUGCAUUGCGACCAACUGCCCCUCAAGAAAGCCGAGUUCAGAAAGGAGAAGCGGAUUCUGGAGCUCUACUGGGAGAAGGGUGUGCCCAGCUCGGCGUACGUGCCGGAGGACGAGCGGCCCAAGGCUGCUGUGUCGCAGCGGUUCUCUAAUGCCCUGGCUGCUGCUCGCCAGGCCGAGGAGGCGGAGAGAGCCAAGAAGGAACGGGAGGAAGCAGCCAGAAAGCAGACCGAAACGGGCACAAUUUCGAAGGAUGAGGAGGAUGCCCUUUUCGAUGACGACGACGAAAACGUGUCCGAUAACGCAUCCGACAUCACCGAAGCAAUGGCGGGGGCGUCGCUGGUGGAGCGACCGACGCAGAGCGUUCCCGGGUCGCCCACACGGCCCUCGGCGGAUGCAGCGGGCACUCUUCACCGGACGCGGUCAGAUUCCAAGGUGCCGACUGCCGAUGUACCGGAGACACGCUUGACCAACAAGGAGAAGUACUUGAAGCUCUUCAAGCUGAGGGAAGAGGGUGGUGAAUACAUCCAGGAUGUGACGGAGAUGACGCGCGUGCCGGUUAUCCUGAAGACGGACCUCACCAAGAGCCCACCGUGCUUGACCAUCCGGUCUCUCAACCCAUACGCGCUCUAGAUCGCCCAUGGUCCCUGCCUGGUAACCUCAGCCGUGGCUCAACGGCGGAGAUGAACUAGGCAAAAGGAGUCUCGCACAGCUGCAGCACCUUCAG